UCCAGGAUGAUUCAAAUGAAGGACAGACUCCUCUUGAACCCUCAGCUCAGUGACUUCAGUGAACUGGUCUUGCAUCACAUUGUUGUACUCCUUCUCUUAACCCACUCUUGUGGAGGUCAGUCUCAGGUGAUCGGUACAUCUCAGCCAAUAGUGGCAAUGGUUGGCGAUGACAUCAUUUUGCCAUGUCACCUGGAUACUGGUGUAGAUGCUACUGACCGGACUGUGGAGUGGGCGAGACCUGACCUAGAUCCCAGUUUUGUCUUUUUGAGGCGAGACAAGAGGGAGUUUCAUCUUGAGGAGCAUACAUUGUACAUGGGGAGAACAUCGCUGUCCGCCAACAACCUAAAGUGUGGAGACAUUUCACUGAAACUCUCUAAAGUGAAACUCUCUGAUGCAGGAAGCUACAGGUGCCUCGUUCCCAAAUCUAUAGAAUUUGUAGUUGAGCUCACUGUGGGUUCCGUCUCCUCACCGGACAUAGAUAUUUCCAAAGUCAGCAAUGGAGUGCUGUUAGAGUGUAAAUCUAAAGGCUGGUAUCCAAAGCCUGAGGUGUUGUGGCUGGACGGUGAGGGAAACCUCCUCUCUGCUGGACCUCCAGAGACAGUCAGACGUCCUGAUGAACUCUAUACUGUCAGCAGCAGAGUGACUGUGGAGAAGAGACACAGCAACAGCUUCACCUGUAGAGUCCAACAGAAGAACACCAACCAGACCAGAGAGGCACACGUCCAUCUGCCAGCUGAUCUCUUUAUGGUUCAGUGCAAUUCUGAUGUCCGCAUCACCAUCAUCCUGGCAGUGUGCAUUGUGCCUAUUGUUGUCUUCAUUGUGUGGAAAUUGAGACUAAACAAAACCAAAACCACAAACAGCAGCAUAGAACUUCAGCUUCUGAAUGAGGGAGAAGGAGACAGAGAGAAGCUCAUGACAAAACGUCAGAAAAUUACCUAUUUAGACAACACAAAGGCAAAACUUGAUGAGGACUUGCGGAGGAAUGAGGGAGAAUUGCAACAUGUACAACAUGUGAUUACAACACUUAUGAACCAGAAGAAGGAUCUGAAGGAUCAGAGAGAGAAACUCACCUCACUACAGCAGAAAGACAAGACACAGAUAGAAGAGUACAAGAAGAAGCUGGAGAACACCCCAGCAACGCAAGAAAAAAAAAAAAUGCAAAGGCGUGAAAAGACCAAAGAGGAUCUGGAGAGGAGAAAGACAGAACAUGAGGAACUGUUACAGAACACAGAUAAACUACUGGAGACAACAGAGGAGAUGAUUAAUAAAAUGACAGAAAGGAAGGGGAAACUAGAGAGAGAUAAAGAGCAAAUAAAUAAAAACCUGAAAGAGACGCAGAGACAGACGGAGAUUCAGAGGAAACUUCAGCUGGAUCAGUCAGAGAGAGAAGAGGACAAAUAA